GGACUUCCUUAUUUCUAUGUAGAAGUCCUAACAUAUGCACUUGUUUUUAUCACUCACCCAAUCUAAAUUAAUCACUAUUCAUUUGUAAAUCAAGUUAGUUACCAAGAAGUAAAAACUAUAGCAAGCCAUUAACCAUAGCAUCUUCCUUCGCCUACAUUUCCACCAUCAACCGACAGUGGUCUGCGAGUUCCAAAAAAUCGAAGGAAAUGUGUGCCUAAAUAUGCUAUGUUCAUUCUCAAAGAAAACAAGGUAGGGAUUUAGUUGAAAAUUGAACCCUUUAAUCAUAACAUUGAGAUUGUUUUCGUUUUUAUAUUACGGAGAUCAAGGUAACUGUUGUGAUCGAGAAUUUCACUAUUUGUUUACACCAUAAAUUCUGUCUUGUACCACAUUGGUGAGUUACAAGAUAAUCAAGGAGUUUAUAAGGUUACGUCCAUUAUAAUAAUUAAUGUUGUUUAAAUUGGGCCUUAUGAAUAUUGAUUUUAAACCCAAGUCACUAGCUCAUUAAUGAGCAUGGACAUGAUUCAAUAAGGGACAUUGGCCGCUCGUAAGAGGCCAUGCCAUGCCACGAGAUGGCAUGAAAAUUUCUAAGUAUGAGAAGUCCAUGGCCAUGAAUGAAGAGGCCAUGCCGCCUCAUAACCAAUACCAAAUGACACAAAAACAUAUCCAUCUAGAAUUUAGAAGCACAUGCCAUCUCAAGGAAGACCUCGAUACGGUAAAAAACAUUCUAAGUCUCGAGAAGGGCAUGUCACUUCAUGAAGAGGCCAUGCCGCCCCAUGACCAAGGCCUAAUGACUGAAAAAUAAACUAAGUCUGGAAGAGGUACAUGCCACUUCAAGGAGAAGCACGUGCCGCGUCACGAGAGGGGUUAUGGACGCAAGGCCACGAAUCACACUUCAAAGAAGACAAAGAUAUUCUAAGUGUGGAGAAGGACUUGUAGCUUUAACGAGGAGGGUCAUGUCCCUCUAGAGAUCGAGAAUGUCAUGCCGUGUCACAAGAGGGGUCAUGGACACGAAUGAGAAGGGCGUGGUGGUAGAGCACUAUAUCAGUAAUGACUAAGUCCCAAGUGGGCCAUGGACAUGGGUAAGAAGUCCAUGGCCAUGAGACAAGAGAGCCAUGACCCCUUUUGCGAGACACUACAUGCUCGUCAAAAGACUAGCAUGGCCUGAGAUUUAGAAUAAGACCAGGCGAGGCAAGCUACACUCCAAAACCCACGACGGUUCCAAGAGAGGCACCUAGGCGGUUGAAGGAGUAACCACCACUCCGAGGAAGAAGGGAGCAGUUCUUUUUGGGAGUUAUCCAAGAGGCGGUUUUCCACCGAAGAAGGAGGAGCGGUUCUUUGUAGCAGUUAUCCAACAAGAGGUUUUCUAUGGCGGUUACCUCCUCGGGGCUAUAAAUAAGAGGAGGGGUCGACAGAGACAGAUGUGCCAAAACCAACACUCUGACACACAUGUCAAGUUUAUCCUUUACCUUUUCUCUAUCAUGUAGCCAUAGAUGUAGUUCGUAGUUUGGAGCUCUCGCCGAACCUCCAUAGGAGUAGAAGUAAUUUAAUUUAGAUCUCGUUCCCAGAAACCAUCAAUCAAACACCCUCGUUCGAACUUUGUUUGAAGAGGUUUGAGCCGUGUCUUAGAAAUCGUUGUCCAUGGAAGUCAAAGGUGCAAUCCAUCUCAAUUCAACAAGAGUUUUCUCGCCGGAAAACACUAUUCAUAAACUCUUUUCCUCUCAAAAUGUCAUAGGCAAUUCAUUCUCUCACUACAAAAAUCCCAUAUCACAAACCUAACUUCUUAAGUUCGUCACACAAUCAUUUUUGGGUUGCCGUUUCAAACUCCAUCAACCCCAACUGCUUGCCUAUCUAUCGAAUUCCCAAAACAAUGACAAAGAAAGUUAGUUAGGCUUACACCCAAAAUACCUAACUUCUUAAGUUCGUCACACAAUCAUUUUUGGGUUGCCGUUUCAAACUCCAUCAACCCCAACUGCUUGCCUAUCUAUCGAAUUCCCAAAACAAUGACAAAGAAAGUUAGUUAGGCUUACACCCAAAAUGCCUAAUCAGCUGUUUGAUGGGGUAAAAAUAAUGAAGUGGAAAAAGAAAGAAAAAAAGAGCUCAGCAAUGCCAUUUUCGACCCUAAUUAUUAUGAUCGUGAGCGUGCAGAGGACCAACCCUGCAGCGGCGUGUUUCAUCAUAGCUCCGAAAGAAUGCACCAGCCGGGAAUCGAACCCGGGUCUGUACCGUGGCAGGGUACUAUUCUACCACUAGACCACUGGUGCUAUUGUUGAUACUAUCCCUUAAGUAAUAGAUAAAUCCACUCAUGUUUUUUCGGCCCACCGGUGCUAUCGUUUUCAGUAUUUUUUUUUCUUUCUCCCUCCAUAUUUCUCACAAAUGAAUUGUCCCCCACAUUAUUUGUUACUUUUGUCUUCAUCCCAGCAUUGUUACUUUUAGGUGUGAUAAACGGUAAGUUAUUUAUUGAUUUUAAUCUAUACCAAAUGGAAAACAUGGUCAGUAGUUAAAAUCUCUUAAUAAUUUGGUUGUAUUUUAUUUGGUGGUUAACUGGUAAGAAAAUUGAUGAUCUCCUACUAGUAUGACCACAUAGUUUUGAGUUUUGACUAAAAUGAAAAGUCUCAAAAUUCAAAUCCAACCAAAGUCACUAUUCUAAACAUCCCAAUACCCAAUUCAAACCUAUUACAAACAACUCUCCAACUCAAAGUCUAAAAAUGUUUUAAGAGACAUCCUCUGAAAAGUCAUCCCUUCCCGUUUGCAGUCGGCAGAGCGAACAUGGCACCCUAGUAGUCUCCGUUUCUUUGAUAUCUGUGAAAUGUGAAUGAUGAUAAUAUGUUGUGCUUGUGUUUGAGGUCUUGUUAAUUAGUAUUCGCUAAUUGAAUGAACACGUUUGAUUAUUUGUAAUGUUAUUUGUUGGUAUUUGAAUUUGGAUUAAGAAUUGCAUUACAUUGAUGUUAUUUCUUUCAAUGAGGGUGUUUGAAGCGCUUCCUUUUAGACUUUUUUUUUUCCACGAAUUGACUCUGCUGAUCAUCGGGCAAUUCAUAUUUCAUACGUAGGAAAUUCUCCAACCAGAGGGUUGUUUUUCAUACUGAGGGAAGAGUUGUUUGAGCUUACCGGCUCUUACCUCACGUUUUGCUUUCUUGCCCGCUACUGCUAACUUAUUUUAUAUUUAUAAUGUGAAGUGUAGUUAAAUUAACAAACCGAGAAACCUAAGUGGUACUAAUCUAGGAACAAAGGAAAAAAGAGCUCCGAAAAUAUCGGAGGUUCUCCAAAUCGCGAAAAGCAAGGUUGCUAGGGUUCGGCGAGCUGAAUGACGGCGGCGAAGCGGCCGACGUCGCCGGCUGUGGCGGGUAAGCCCCCGGAGGUCUCGAGUGGCCAACGACGCCCAGCGGAAGCUUCCUCUACUCCAGAUGGCAAGAGCGCCAGAGAAACGGUACAACCAAAGAAGAAGGUUCGCGCUCUGAAUUUUGAGGGGGAGGCAGUGGAUGUUGAGGACUUAACGGCGGAGGAGAUGGACACGGAACACGAGGGGAACGCACCUAAGGCGUCAUGGCAGGCGAAGAAGGGUAUGAGCUUUAGUGAUAUACUGCAGCAAGACCAUUGGUAUGUAGCUGAGUCAGACUCUGAGGACGUGUUAGAAAGAGAGAAGGAAGAAGACGAUGAGAUUGAUGAUGAAAAAGAGGACCCAAAAUGCCCGACCAUUCCUUUUACUGCAACGGAGAAGACAAGGUGGCGCCGAGAAUGGCGCUCGGCUUUGGUAGUGAAGGGUCUGGGAAGGAGGGUCUCCUAUAUCCCGUUGGCACGUCGACUGAAUGCAAUAUGGGCUAGACAUGGCGACCUACAGAUCUCGGACAUGAGGAAUGGAUGCUUUUUAGUACGAUUCUGUAACCAGAAGGAUUAUGAAUGGGCGACAUUGGGUGGACCAUGGCUGCUGGGGGACACUUACUUGACGGUUCACAGAUGGUUUAAGGGUUUCAACCCGUGGAAGACUGUGGUAACAUCAACGAUGGUGUGGGCUCAGUUACCCGAACUACCGAUCGAGUUCAUAAAUAAGGAAGUUGUAAUGAAGAUUGCGGGAUGGCUGGGACGCCCGGUACGAGUGGAUAGAGCUACUGAACUGGGUGCCCGAGGAAAUUAUGCUAGGGUAUGUGUUGAGGUUGACCUAACGCAACCGCUACUAUCACAAUUUAAGAUAGAGGGUGUCACAUACCUGGUCCAGUAUGAGGGCCUGGAUGACCUCUGUACCUGUUGUGGGACGUACGGAAAAAGAGCUGGGACAUGUCAAUGUGCGAAACUAGCAAGUGCAAUGGAAGUGGAGGGUAAUAAAGAAGUGGAACCGGAGGGAAGGGUGGAUCCAACGCAGGGCCAAACAUAUGGCGACUGGAUGGUCGUGAAGAGGCGGGGGCGAGGCUAUGAUCGGGGGAAGGAAGAGGGAAAGGAAAAAAAGAAAGAAGAAAUAAGUAUGAAUAGGUUCCAAAAGUUACAAAGGGAGACGACCCAAGUGGAAAACAGGGAAGAUGAAAAGGAGUCCGAUAAGGGUAAUGAGGGUGGUGGUGAGGAGAGUGUAGGCCAAGAUGGUCCUGAGCUACGUGACCAACCCCAUGCAGUUACACAUGCAGCGCAGGUCCCGACGGGUGUUCAGGCCUAGAACUACCAAAAAGCGAAUACGUCAAGCAAACAAGAUAUGGGGGCCAAAGAGGGAGCUGGGGGCCGAAAGGGUUCUGAUGUGAGGAAGGGGCAGGGUGUGCAAGUCCCACUCGGGAACAUGGGCAAGUCCAAAGGUAAGAUUGAUGAUGGAAAGAAGCUGGAACAAAAGAAGGGAGAGAGUAAUGCAGGUACAGUAAAUCGAAAGGAAUCUA